CAUAUCUAUUGCCAGACAGACUGAAGAUGAUGAGAAGAUCUACCUCAAUAUCUCUCCCCAUUUGUUGGUGAUGCUGGCAGAAUAAGGGCAUAGCAUUCUAUGUUUUGUGAAGCUGUUGCAAGUUAUUCUUAUUUUGGCUACAGAUCCAACGCCUCCUACAAUCGGUGUGUAAUGUGAAUAUUGCAUUAUAUCCAAUGUUUCCUAAAUGUAGUCAGUAAGAGAGAGACAGAGAGAGAGAGAGAGAGAGAGAGAGAGAGAGAGAGAGAGAGAGAGAAACGGGAUACACAACGGUAACUGUAUAUUAUAGGAAAAUAAUGGCAUCAAGAGGUUCCAAAAAACAGCUUAGUAAAUAAUGAAAAGUAGGUUGUGUGUUUUGUAUCCACAAUCCUUAGAAAGCAUUAUUAACAUAUUUUGUUGUUAUGUAUCUUUUACAUUGCAGAAUAUUUUCCUCAAUAAAUAGUUUUUUGAAUUUAGAUCCACAACAGCUGGAAUGCCAGAGACUGCUCCUUGUCAUUUCAGUUACUGUUGAAUGUAUCACACGAACGCACUCCCACCCGCACCAUGACAACCACAAAGAACACAGACACUUAAAUGCAAACACAUAAACAUGCGUGCGGGUUCACAGACACAUAUAUGCACAUGCAUGAAACACAAACAGAUACAUGACUGAAUUAAGGAUGGUGGAAAGUACUGUGAAGAGUAGUCCAAACCACAGCCUGUAUUUAUGAGUUAAAGAAACUUUUAAACGUUUUAUUGAAACACUGAAGCAAGUUAUAACAAAUUUAAUUUGUUUUAUUGUGUCAGCUAUACAUUUAAAGUCUGUCAGACUUUAUCUGAAGGGUUUUCUGUUUGUUUGAUUUUGUUUUUUUUUCUUGGGAAAUGUAAAUGUGUACAGCUGUGGUUGCCAUGGUAAAACAAACAAAGAAAAAAUGUGUUCUUCUCUCCUCUCUCUGUGCUUUUUAAUCUUUUAUCUUUUAAACUAAACUCUGACAACCAGUUGCUAUAAUACUAAUUUGAUUGCUUUUGGUUCCGUUUUUUAACCUCACUAGCUAUACAUGCUAUAAUAUUAAUUAUUCUUGUGUUAUUUGCAUUUAUAUUGUCCAUUUGAUAUCAUAGUAAUAAUCUAGAAUAUGAUAUGGAAUACACACUACUCCAUGUGUUAUCACAAAUAUUUUUUAGUUUUUAAAUUGUACUGGAUCAAAAUAAAUGUGGAGUCUUAGGAAAAAGAAAGUACACCCUCUAUUCUGUGGUUUUACAUAUCGGUGCACAAUAAUAAUAAUUAUUAUUAUUAUUAUUAUUUUAUUAUUUAUAUAGCGCCAUCAAAUUCCGUAGCGCUGUACAAUGGGUGGACUAACAUACAUGUAAUUGUAACCAGACAACUGGAUAUACAGGGACAGAGGGCCCUGCUCAAUGAGCUUACAUUAUAGAGGGAGUGGGGUAUAGUGACACAAAGGGUAAAAGUAGGGGUACAAAGUAGGUUGUUAGAAAAGUAUUAAUUGGGGGCUUAGUAGGUAAUUUUUGACAGUUGCAGGAGAGGAGUCAUGGAGGGUGGGGGAUGAAAACCUGCUAACAGUUUAAUUGAUAUGCUUUCUUGAAGAAGUGAGUUUUCAAUGAUUUUUUUGAAUGAGUGGAGACUGGGUGAAAUUCUUACGGAGAAGGGAAGGGAGUUCCACAGAAGUGGUGCAGCCCUUGAAAAGUCUUGGAGGCGAGCGUUAGAGGUGGGAGUACGGACAGAAGAUAUACAUAGGUCUUUGGCAUAGCGCAGGGGCCUCGACGGGACAUACUUGUGUAUUAGGGAGGAUAGGUAGGUUGGAGCAGCAUUAUGUAGGGACUUGUAAGCAAGCACCAGAAUGUUAAAUUGUGCCCUAUAUCUAACUGGAAGCCAGUGCAGGGACUGACAGAGCGGGGAGGCGUGAGAGGUGUAGGCGGACAGGAAAAUGAGCCUCGCCGCUGCAUUCAUUAUAGAUUGCAGCGGUGCAAUCUGGGAACACGUAAGACCACUGAGAAGACUAUUGCAGUAGUCCAGGCGAGAAAGAACAACGGCAUGGACCAGCACCUUAGCCGAAUCCGGGGUUAAAUAGCUUUGGAUGCGCGCAAUGUUUUUGAGAUGGAAGCGGCAGGAUUUGGCAAUUGAUUGGACAUGAGGGGUGAAGGAGAGGUUGGAGUCAAAAAGAACACCCAGGCAGCGAGCCUGCGAGGUAGAGGUGAUGGUAGCGCAAUAAUAAUCAUCUGUUCCUUAGCAGGUCUUAACAUUAGAUAAAUACAACUUCAGAUGAACAACGCAUGACAUAUUACACUGUGUCAAGAUUUAUUUAACACAAAUGAAGCCAAAAUGAAGAUGUUAUUUGAAAUUUUUUUUUUUUUUGCUAAGGAACAGAUGAUUGUUAUUAUGUCCUAAUAUUUAAAACCAUAGAAUUCAAAGAUUGUGCGCUUUCUUUUCCAUUGACUGUUUAUAAAUAUGUCCAGGAUAAAUGAUGUCCAAUAUCUAAGAUUCUGUUCAAUUGUGCACAGAAUAAUUCCAGGCAUACAGUACAUGCAAAGAUUUUACAAAGUGUUACCAUGGUCUACAAAUAUUUAACCAAAAUAACAUUAUUUAUUGACUAGAUAGAAAGUUGUAUCUUCAUUAAAAGGGUUCUCGAUUCAAUACAACCACAGUAACCAGCUAUAGUGAUUAUAGUUAAGAAUUAGAUUGACCCUUACCUCAGUCACCUCGGCCAUCACAGUUCGCCCCUCUUAACAAAUAUCACUAAAGCAGAAGUUCCCGUUCCCCAUUAGCUUAUCAAUUAUGUUCAUCUUUAACCGGAAUUUUGUGUUUGUUCUAGUGCUAUAAACUUCUGACCCCUCCGAGUAAGGAGUGCCGUUAUGACAUCACCCUUUUUUAUUUCUUUUCAUUUCAUAUAUUAUCAGGCAAGAACGUGUUUGCCUUGCUGCCAAAGUUCUUUAAUAUUUGAUAUACUUUAUGCAUUUUGUUUGUCUAUGUCAAAUGUCGCAAUGGCUUUCCUGUGUCUUUGUUCAGGGUAACAUUGUAGAUAAACAAAGCACUGGUAAUGGGUCAGACUUUUAUAAUUACACUAUAGUUACAACUGCAGCAAACAGAAUUACAUGUAAUGGUAGAGUGAGAAAAUCCCCUGAAUAUCUGAUUAAUAAUCCAUUUUGUUAACAUCUGUUUGAGACUUGUUUGUAAUUCAAAUAUCCAUAAUGUUUAUAGGGUUAUUCACAAAGUAAAUUUCUAAUUUUAGGCUAUAAUAGUCAAACUGGAAAAUUCAGGUUAAUUUCCACUAUUUUAAAGUUGACUUUUCAAUUCACUUUUAAUUCUAUUCAUUUUAGAAUUUAGUGAAUAUGUUUCUGUAGUAAUCUGUAUUAUCAGAUCUUGUAGUGACUGUCUCUACGUAUGUAUAUCCGGAACACAGAAAAGGAACAUGUUAUUAUGACAAAUGUCUAGGAAUGCUGACCUAGGGGAUAUGUGGCCACAUGUGUUUUACACUAGAUGUGCUCACCCCUCCCACCCUUCAUCCGCUGCUUCCUCCUCCUCUCCUCGCCAGCUCAGAUUGAGCGCAUGCACUCCGAGUUGCCAAACAGCACAAUCACAGGCUUCUCUAUGAGAAUUCUGUCACUGAGGCAUGGAAGAUUAGCUUUUUUGAAGGGACCAAGGAUUAAUGCAUAUAAAAUUUAAAAUAAAAACACUUAGGUUGAAUAUGAGUUGAAGUAACCCUCUAAUUGUGACCUUUAAGCUGUUUAGUAGAUAACUCCCUUACUUAACCUUGCAUUGCCAUAAUUAAGGGUACCAAAUUAGGGAGCUUUUGAGUGUACUAGAUAGCUCUCUAAUUUGGUAUUCUUAAAUUGGCAGUCCCACAUAAGGUUAACACAUUGAAGAGCUAUCUACUAUGCAGCUGAAAACAAAACACUGUAGGCACCCAUACCACUUCAGCUAAUUAAAGUUGUCUGGGUGCUGUGACCCUUUUGCACUUAGUGUUGCAGCUCUAAGACUGCCCUCUGUGGCUGUCUAACAGACAGCCACUAGAGGGCUUCUGGAAUCCAAAUAGACUUUUGGUCCGUCAUCUGAAGCUGGUGGUCCUCAUGGACCUCCAGCGUCAGAUUUUCCCCAUAGGAAAGCAUUGAACAAUGCUUUCCUAUGGGGAGGUCUAAUGCGUGCCCAGCCAUUGCCGUGCAUGAGAAUAUGGAGUGUGGGGGCGGAGCGUGACCCAGCACCAAGGGACAUCGGCGCUGGAUUCAGGUAAGUGACUGAAUGGGUUUUAACCCCUUCAGCCCUGCAGGAGGGGGGGCGCGAGGGAGGGGGCUCUCCAGCAGCCUAUAGUGCCAGGAAAACGGGUUUAUUUUCCUGGCACUAUAGGAUCCCUUUAACAAAAUGGCUGUACUUAAUGUGAGCGUUAGAAUUGGACCAUGGAACAAUAGAAGAAGGUUGCCUGGUCUGAUGAAUCACGUUUUCUUUUAGAUCAGCAAGAUGACCCGGUGUGUGUACAUUGUUGCACUAUGGGAAGAAGGCAGGCUGGCGGAGGCAGUGUUAUCCUCUGGGCAAUGUUCUGCUCCAAAACCUUCAUUUGGAUGUUACUUUAACACGUACCACCUCCAAAUUCCCCUGAUCACAAUCCAAGUGACCAUCUGUGUGAUGUGCUGGAACAUCAAAUCCAAUCCACGGAAGCCCUACCUCCAACUUGCAGGACUUAAAGGAUCUUGAUAAUGUCUUAGUUCCAGAUACCACAGGACACAUUCAGAGGUCUUGAGGCGUAUAUACCUCGUGUAUAUAUAUAUAUAUAUAUAUAUAGAGAGAGAGAGAGAGAGAGAGAGAGAGAUAUAGAUAUAUGUAUAUAGGAUGUAUAUGCUAUAUGUAUACAAAAUAAUGCUACAUACAUAAGAUAUGUAUACUGCAUGUACAUAGAGUGUAUAUGCUGCAUGUCUAUAUGAUAUAUGCUGCAUAUACACAGAAUGUAAAUGCUGCAUGUAUAUAGAAAAUAUGUGGUGCAUGUACAUAGGAUGUAUAUGGUGCUUGUAUGUAGGAUGUAAAUGCUGCAUGUAUAAAGAACAUAUGAGUUGCAUGUAUUGCAUUGAUAUACACAGUAGAAUGAAUUAGAUAUACACACGAUAGCAAAUUCAUGAGCUGUCUUCUUAACAACUAAAAAUUCUAAAUUAGGAAAAGCAUCAGCUGUUUAGCAGCUGUUUCAUCUGUUUUAUAGAUAUUGGUACCAUAUGUGGGAUUGCCAUUUUUAAGGAUGCCAAAUGAGGGAGCUAUCCAUUAAACACAACAGGUACUAUUUUGGUACCCUUAAUUAUGUCAAUCCCACUUGAGGAUACCAAAUUAGGGAGCUAACUACUUAACAACUGAAAAUAACAAAAUUAAGAAAAGCCCUUAAGUUAAUUUUGCUGUUUCAGUUGCUUAGUAGAUUAGUCUCUAAUUUGGUACCCUUAAGUAUUGCAAUCCAAUGUAAAGAUACCAAAUUAGGGAGCUAUCUACUAAACAGCUGAUUUGUCAAAAUUAAGAAACAAAAUUCAAUUUUGCUGUUUUAGCUGCUUAAUAGAUAAGUCCCUCAUUUUCUAUCCUUAAAAAAACAAUUAGUUCUGAAAAAAUGUAUUUCAAAUCAUUCCUAAUUUCCUCGGUUUUGGUUCAUUUCAAUUUGUAAGGAAUUCGGAAAUUCUGAAUUGCCAAAUUCGUCCUAAUUUGUCUGAAAUAUGAUUUGGAAUGAAGCCAGUUGUAUACUGUGUACACUUUAUGUAUGGUCUCAGUCAUGCAUUUAAGUUAUGGCAAAGUGUUUUACAUUUACUUAUAAUCAAAAGAGCAGAAUAUUUCCUUUUGUCGUAAGUUUACGUCAAGUGCAAAAGAACACGGCAACAUCAGUUAGUAUCCAAAAGUCCAUCUGCAAAGUUCAUUACCAAGCAGAUGUAGGAAGUAGGAAAUUGUUUAAUUCCUUUUUAGUUAUUGGCUGUAAAUUCAAGGCCAAUUCUUGGAAAACAAAUCAUAAAAAAUGUUUUUAAUUACUUCAAAAUAAAAUAUAUUGAAACCCAACUGUGCUUCUCCUCUGCACGACUACACUAAUCAGCCACAACAAUAAAACCACAUGCCUAAUAUUGUGUAUAUCCCCUUCGCGCUGCCAAAACAGCUGUAGUACAUUGGCACAUGGACUCCUGACAUACUUCCAGAGGGGGCAGGCAUCAGGCAGCCUGGAACUUUUAUUCAGUGUUAAACUGUUUAGAAAAUGCUUUAAAACUGGACUAUAAGCCAGCACCAGGGGACUCCAGGCACCAUAACCACUUCAAUGACCGUGUCCCUUUUAAAUAAGCCCUCAGUAGUGAAAGGGUUUUCCAGUUCUGCUUUGGCAGUCUUUUAACAUACUUUUAGUUUCAGGAAAUGACUAGCAUUACGAAAUCAGCCAGACAAAAUAAAUAGAUCAGGUGAAAGAUGAUCCGAAAGCACAGUGUUUUUCAUGCAGUGCACACUUAGAGGCUCAAACAUAUUUUGCUACACUACGGUAGUCUUUACUGAAAAAACUCACAACAGGUAAGUUAUUUUAUAAUAUUUUUUUGUAUUUCUACCUGUGAACAAAAAGUUAUGUAACGUGAUACUUAAAAAAAAAUGUGAUGUAUUACCAUUAUUAUAAAUAAUUAUUAUUACAUGCUAUACUGUAUUACAAAUGUUUUAAUAAAAAAUAAUGACUAAUCACAGUUCAUAAUGUAAACCAUUUUGUAAAAGAACCUUUGUAUAGGGCUGCAGAAUUAAUAAUAAUAUUAAUAGCAAAUGUGUACCAAAAAAAAAUAAUUUUAUGAAAUGAUAAAUGUUUUAGCAUGCUUUUUUCAUUGAUCGUGUAAUGCAGUACUCUAAUAUGUGAACAGAUUUAAAAUGUUUGGAUAAAACAUCUCGGAGAAGACAUUUUUAUCCUAACAAUUUAAUAGUAUACAACUAAGCAACCCUGAGUACUUGGCUGUUUCUCUGGUUUAAGAAAUUCAUUUUGUCCCUCUCGUUUUAACUCUAAAAACAGGGGGUGGAGGGGGAAUGUUACCGCUAUUAAUGUAUUCCUUGUAUGUUAUAACAACAGAUUUGACUGAGGAAACAUAGUAUAGUUUAGUAAUGGUAUGAGUUGUAUCCAGUGGAUUUUGGAGGCUCUAUCAGAAUGACUUGUUUAAUUUAUGCACUUACCUAUCUGUUCUGCUGCUGCAACAGUUUAGUAGAACUGGGAUCACAUUACCAUGUAUACCUUUAUUAGAGGUUUGUAAGACACAUCAUUUAUUUAUUAAAGAGUACUCCAAGCAUCAUAAAGACUCAUUGUAUUGUUGGUUGUGACCCUGGAGCCUCUAUCCACUCCAUCUUUAGCCACUCGUAUUGUGGAAUUUACAUUUUAAUAUUAUCAUCUGGUGAUCUGCCCUACCUGGAAAACAAUUUUAAGACAAAAGCAUUGAGGAGUUUUGCCCUGAAAGCCUGGAUUGGUGCUUUCACAUUAUCUGCGGAGGUAAAGAGAGUCUGGAUACAGGGUCAACAAGGAGCCCCCAGGGUUUUAUUAAAGUGCUCCAAAAUGAUUUGAUAAAAUGGGCAAGGCAACUUUAGACUUAUAGCACUAUGACCACUGCAAUGAGCCAUAGUGGUUAUUUUACUUAGAGUGCCAUUUUAAUUUCCACUAUUCAUUUUAUUGUAGUAAUAGUUAUGCAGACAGAUAUUUGAGUUUGCCUUGGACACACUUUAAUAAUAAUUUGAUGAUAUGCUUUAAAAGGUAUAUAUUCCAUAAUUAUCUGUAAACAAAGCAAAAAAACAAUAUGGAAAAAAUGUAUAAAUGUAGGGGAGCAGGGCUGGACCACUGUGCUUUCCGGCCGCAUGUCACAACAGUUUCUGAUGCUUCUAGUCUUUAUUCAACAAUUUAACGACAUAAACUUGCAUCCAGAACUAAAACCUUCUCAUUUGCAACACAAGCAACUAAUGGGGCAUACGGUUGUGCCCUACAACGGGUGCUGUGAGGCUCCAGAAGAAGACUAGCGACACUGAGGCCUACUCGGGCAGAGAGUACUGUGGAUGGCCACUGCUCUGCUCCUGUUCCUGACUGCUGAGCAUUGACUCCUAAUGUACAAUCUGUCUGGUACCAUUCCUCCCCCUUUAGAUCAGUGGUGGUUAUCCCGGUCCCAACUGGGCAGCUCUGAAGCAGCUAUCAGCAGGUCUUGCAGAGAGUGCAAAUUAGCUUGAAUUCUAAGAUGGCCACUAUGGUAGCCCUGUACAGGAUCAGCUCUCUCACUCAGCCCAUGGAGGAGCUCCUAUAUGCAGAUUUGUGGCGACUCCUGAGCUUUAUUCUGGCCAAAGCAAUCCCACCAUGGUGCCUAGUUGCCUCUCCAAAAAAGGGUAGGCUUUCAGCCUUAUCUUACUGUGUACCUGGCAUCUCUGUCUGACUUUCCCGAACCUCAAGCCAUUUAGAGAAUAUCUCCUCAUCUCAGCCCUACACUCAGGAGAGUGGUUCGCUGGUGAUGGUUAUACCAUCAAGGCUCAUUGGAGGACCAGAUCUGAGGGCAUUAGAUGACUGCUCGUAUGGAGCUCUGGAACUAUUGGAAUGGGCUUUGCUGGGCAUUUAAGUGUGCUGGGACUUUCUUAACAAAUUCAGAUUUGACACACUGUAGGCUGGAGUAAGCUAGCGAUCUUUCAUGGGGGGCUGUUAUGAUCAUGUAAUAAAGUUUUAAGGUUAGGUUAUUCAAAAUUAAUAGUAGCCUCAUCCUUGCCUCUUUCUUCUUAGCAUCUACAUUUUAAGUGGGCAGCUCUUUGUUUUGAUUUCUAUAUCAUUGCAUUAUGAGUUUGUCUCCAGUGGCACCAUUAUCUUCUUUUCAACAUCUUUUAAUCUAAGGCAGUUUGCCUUUUUUUAAUCUUAAUCAGUACCAGUGUGUUUCAAAUGAUAUGUGUUGGUUUGACCACUUUAGUAAUAACCUCACCGCACUAUGUAAUUUAUUGCUUUGUUCUCUUCACUUACUAUAAAAUGGGGCCUCAGUUGAUUGAGUUACAAAAAUGAAUAUAGGAGCCGCACUCAAUCCCAAAAGACACCCGGUGCACUGGAGCAGGACCACCAAUCCCACAGCGAUCAGACAAACAAAAAGAAAAUCUCCAGGCACUCAAGGUGUUCGUAAUAUAGACAAGUUUAAUGGAACAAAAAAGAGGAGCAACAUUUCAACCUGCUAAGACCUGCUAGCUUGACAAAGACCUCUUAGCAGGUCGAAACGUUGCUGUUCUUUUUUGUUACGUUAAACCUGUCUCAGUUUAUUGUGUGUGAUAUGCUCCAUUGUGCGACCCUUGUCGAAUUUCAGUAUUGUCAUACAUUUGCUACACAACUACUCUACAUCUAUGUAUUAAUGUCACCACUGUUUUUGUAACAAAGCUUUGUGCCUUAAUAACAAUUUGAAAUAUGUGAAAGACAGUCACACUUUCAGACACACCUUCUAAAAUAAACGUACUGCUCUUUGAAAAUGUAUUAACUGGUUGUCAGCUCAGCAGAUAUCACUGUUUAGUGAAUAGAUGUAGAUAAUUACAAAAUAUUGUCUGUACUCAAAGUGCAAUAGCUCAGUGAGUUAAUUACUGUGGCUAGGACUGUGCUUCAAAAUAUAGGAAUCAUCUCUAAAUUUGGGGAGCCCAGUAUAAAUCUAGAGAUGAGCUCAAAACGGUCAAUUUUCCUUCCUAGAAAUUUAAGGUCUGCUAACAAAUUAAGCAUAAAAAAAUAAUCCAGCACUACAUGGAUUUGGAGUGUUUCCACAUACCUUGACCAAUGACACUAACAGAUAAAUAUUGACCCAUUUAGCAGAUUUGAGGAUUUUAAUUCUCUAUUUUGUUUUUUUUAUAAAGUAAGUAAAAAAUUGCAUGCAUAGAUAUCCAAUAUAGAUAAUAGAAAGGAAAAUUUGCAGCAGGUGGAGGUGUAAAAUAGAAGUGUGCGUUAAUCAUAAUAAGCACGAACAGUACGGUGUAAUAGUUCUCCUAGCCCAAAACACCAUUGUCGGAAUUACAAGGCCGAUAUGAUGGGCUCGGCUGUUCUCUUUGCAUUGAGUCGUUACGAUUUAAGUUUAUAUAACUAAUGUAAAUGUAAAUUGUCUCUGUGGAAAGGUUGCUGCGGGCACACCUAGCAAUUAUCCAUUUUAAUAAAACAUUAAUGUAUGAAAAUAGUCUGUUUAAAAUUAUGUAUUUAAAGUUGACACGACAGUAUGAAAGUGUAGAUUAUACGGUGUGCUUCAGGUAGAAAAUAAGUGUGCAAUAAUACACAAACACAGUAGAUAAUUAAGCUAAAGACAUAUAUACAUUGCAUUAGGAAUUGAACUUUAUGGGUGCUACAAUUUAACUUUUAUAUAAUUGUCUAUUUAGUUUUUUGUAAGCUCAUUAAGCAAUCAGAUUAAAUCUGACUUGCUAAACAGAGAUGCACUAUCUGGACCUAAAUAAAAAAAAUAUCUACAAUAUUCAAAAACUAGGGGCUAUUAUUUUUUUUAUUUUUAGAUCACCUAAUUAAACUUUUUCAUAAUAAUAAUAAUUAUCCUUUUGUUUUGUUUUUAACACUGUCCUAUGGCUCAAGGAUCCUGUCAUAUACUAACGGUAGGGUUGAGUUCUUCAAUUUGUUUUAAAAUAUAGUUUAAUUAUAAAAAAUAUAUAUAUUUCCUUUCAAAGCUUGAAGAAUGGAUUAUUAUAUUAAAAUAGUUUUGAGGUUGUUCUUUGAAAAACAGCAAGGCAUUAGGAAGACACACUUUUCUAGCUUUGCUGAAGCUCUCUAUGCAUGGUCCUAGUACCCACUGCAAGAUGUGCCCACGAUGUGCUGAUUGAGGACAGUUUCCUGAUAUACCCAGAUUUAUGACACCAGGAAACUAGGAGGAUGGCGGGACUGUCCUGCAAAAAGCAGGGCUAUUGGGAGGCCAAUUUGCACACCUUGUUGUUAAAUGCACAUUGCCUGAAUAAGCUGAUUAAGAUCUUUCUGAGCUCUCCAGAGUAUCGAUUGGCUGUCGAAAGCAAGUCUGAAAUGCACAAUGGUAGUGUGAUUUUCUUGAAUGUUGUACUAUUUGCACGGUUUUUUUUCUCUUAAUAAAAAAAAAUAAAAAAAAAUAGCUAAAGAGUAAAGAAUGUAAUCCCUUCUCCUAACUACCUUUAUAUAAUGAUCUUUGUCUCUUCCUGGGUUUAUCUGCCUGUUUCGCUGGUUCUCGCUGCUUUACAGUUAGAAUUUAAUAGACAAUCAGUUUUAAAUAACAUUUGCAUACCUGCUUCUUUUUCAGAUCAUGGAAAAACUUAAUUCAAAUCUGAUACCUUUGCGCACAGAUUUUACUGAAAAAAAAGACCGUAUUUGUAUUUUCGGAACUGGAGAUUUUGGCAGAUCUCUUGGGUUGAAAAUGCUACAGAGUGGUUAUUCUGUAAUUUAUGGAAGUCGAAAUCCUAAUGCUGUCAGUAUGGUUCCAAAAGGAGUUGAAGUAUUAAACCAUGCCGAAGCGGCCCAAAAAUGUUCGGUAAUCUUCCUGGCAAUGCAUAGGAACCACUACAGCUUUCUUGCUGAAUUGUCCGAUGUUUUACAAGGAAAAAUCCUAGUGGACGUCAGCAAUAACCUCAAAAUAAACCAAUAUCCAGAAUCUAAUGCAGAAUAUCUUGCAAGCAUUUUACCUGGAGCUAAAGUAGUAAAGGCCUUUAACACAGUGUCCGCAUGGGCUCUGCAGUCAGGUACAUUGGAUGCAAGUAGACAGGUAAGUGUUCAUUAUAGAGAAAAGAUUAAUUAGAUUGUUAUAUUGACUUCUGCAAAUAUUGAUUUUAAUUGUUGGAUUUCGGUUUUGUUUUGCCUAGUGAUAUUUUUUUUUCAAACAAGAAAACAAAGUACUAAGCUUUUGAUUUGUAUAUUCAUUCAAGUAAGAUAAUUAAUGGUCAUCUCCCGGAGUUGGAAGAUGCAACCGCAAACUUAUUCAAGUGUAAACUUCCAUUAAUAGCCAAGUUGUCUAAAGGAAGAAAAUCAAAUCUGUUAUGUUAAGAUCAGUUAUUUACAAAGCCAGACAGCUAGAUAGAUGUGUAACUAGUUAGACAGACAAAUUAGUUGAAAUUCCAGAAAUCUAUAUUGGUGAUUUGAUUUUAUAAUGCAGAUAUUUUUCCUUCCCUUUCACUGAUUUUGCAGACAGACAGAGAGGGAUAGAGAGACAAACAGACAGACAGAUAUAAAAAAAUGAAAGUAAUAUAUGAUAUACAAUCAGACCAUACAAAAGUGAUGUCUUGCUAUUUUAAAUAUAUGUGUCUAUGUUAUUAAGCACAAUUUCUUACUAUUCUAUAGCAUUGCCAUUUAUAAGAUUACUGACACCUCUUUUCAGAGCAAAGGCCCAUCUAUCACAGUGGUAACAUAGACUAUAUAAUAUUAGGUAAUAUAACUUAUCUGUUAUUAAAUCUGAUUUUUAGUUUCAAUGUAUAUUUUAGUUUGUUAUGAUAUCAUAGGUUGUUUAACUGAUGGCCUCUGAAUCUACUGAACCAUUUAAAGAAGAGUUUUGUGUUGUGUAGACCUGCAUGGUUUUCUACCAGGGUUCCAUGGCACACUGAUGUGAUUUGGGCCAUAAGAGCCACAAAGACAUUGACUUCAAGGCGCUGACAAAUUGAAUGCAGUAAUCAAAUGUGUCCGUUUUAAAGUUAGGAUUCCUGUAAGUCAAUUAAUUAAUUAAUAAAUCUAUUUGACUGGAUACAUGCAUAUCUAUCAAGAAUGGCUUCAAGUAAAUGUGAUAACUGCUGCUGAUGGUAAAAAAAUAAAAGAACGUUAUUAUACUUGAAAAUUAUUCUCUCAUUGAAGAGUGUGUCUUGGUCUAAAAAAGAAGGAGAGCUAGUUGACUGUGUUUAUGCAACAAUGACAAGUGUUAUACCUAUGCAAGCUGAAACAGUCACAAAUAUCUGAAACCUUUAUUGGCACUACAGGUGUUUGUCUGCUCCAAUGACAACAUAGCAAAACAUUUUGUGAUGGAUAUUGUACGAGGCACUGGACUGACUCCUCAGGAUCGUGGAUCUCUCUUGGCUGCCAGAGAUGUGGAGAAUUAUCCGUUACAACUCUUCCCAAUGUGGAGACUCCCAAUGUAUAUAUGUGCGGGACUGACAGUGUUUGUCUUUCUUUACUGUGUUAUGACAAUGGUGGUCUACACUGCUAUCUAUGAAAAAAAAGAUGUCUCCUACUACAUUUUAGUUACCAUUCCAAACAAAGUAUUUCCGAUUGUCUCACUAAUGCUAUUAGCCCUGGUUUACCUUCCAGGAGUGUUUGCUGCCAUUAUCCAAUUACAUAGAGGAACAAAGUACAGUCGCUUCCCAAAUUUUCUUGACCAAUGGAUGCUUUGUCGCAAGCAACUUGGACUAGUGGCCCUCGCAUAUGCGUUUCUUCAUGCAAUUUAUACCCUGGUUAUUCCAAUUCGCUACUCUGUAUCCUUCAGAAGAAACAACGGUAUAAUUGAACAGGUACAGUAUGUUGAUAUUACAAUGUGCAUUUAAGACCUUGUAAAGUAUUUAAUUCUAUUACUAUUGUGUAUCACAUAUUUAUUGUAACUAUUCAAAAGAAGAAAAACCUUUUUCUCAUUUAAGAUAAUGGAAAAAUAUAUUUUAUAAUAUUUUAAGUGCAGGUUUUGACCCUAGAUAACUCAUCAAUGAUCUCCAAAUAGGUAUAUUUAUAUAUUUGCCAGUGAAAUGAAAAGAAAUCCCUUUUUAAUGUAAUGUAAAAAUGAACCAACUAAAAUCUUGAAUGACAUUGACAGUGGAAAGAGGGUGAGUUCACUUACAGUCCAUCUGCAGAAAGUAGAGGCACUGUCAUAGCUCCGAUUGAGAAUAAACUGACCACUUUCACAGCAGUGCAUUACUUGCACAAAUUAAUAUGACUAAGGAAUUGUGUAAUCUGUACUUAAGCCAUACCUCCAGGAUUGGCCGUGCUGGAGAUAGUCAGGGAUCCUCAUUCAGUGUUAAAGGGUUUCAUAAUAGUUUAACAUUGAAUGGAGAGACAGUGCCAAUGGACUACUGGCACUUGGACCAAUUCAAUGCGAUAUAGUAUAUAAUAGUAUCCUAUUAAGCUGAAGUUAUUUUUUGUGUUAAGACCGUCCCUUUAACAUAUGCAUGCAUAACUAAAACAAUUCUAAACUAUUCUUGAUAAAACAUCUAAGAUAUUUUAAACAUUAUUUUAUACUCAUUUAGACUGUGCACAUCAUUAAAUAUGGUAAUUUUAAAAAUCCAUCAAUCUAUAAGUUGUAGAAAGAGUUAAUCUGUCAAUAUUGUAUGAAAUACAGCAUUCCAUGAUUCUGUCUGGGUUUUUUUUUUGCAAUGCAUAUUUCUCUCUCUAUCUAUCUCUCCCUCUCUAUCUCUCUCUCAUUCUCUGUACACACACACACACACCUCACGCUCUGCACUCAAAUCUCCCACCAACCAAACUUAGGUGUCUGGUUGCUUAAAUUCUGACGAGCAACGUAGAUGUGAUUGAAAGAUCACACUCAUGUGAAUAAAAUAAGAUGCAUAAAAUCCUGCCUUUAUAACACUUUAUUACAGCAGGUUAGUGCAACAUACAACCGUUACAGUUUGAAUCCUAUACAAUAUACAAGAAACAAACAAUUAAAUUGUGUGUCCUCGAUAUUGGUUUGUAUACACACCACGUGGCUGUUACUUCCUAUGUUUGUCUCAUAGGGAAAUCAUCUAACAGAUUUAUUAAUUUUCUACAGAUGGUCACAAUUUCUAGACGUCUGGCAUCUUUAAAUACACUCACAAACUUUCGUUACACUCCUUACAUAACAAGUGUUUCAGAAGAAAAACUUUUUUAACCCUUUCACUUUAGUUUUUCAACAAGUGUAAUAUUUUUGGUAAGAUGCAAGCCACAGCAACGUAGCUCAUAAAAUCACAACAAAGCAGAAAUUGCUUUUCAAUGUAAAAAUAAAUAAAAAAUAAACUAUGAACAUUAAUUACAUAAUUAAUUAUUAAUUAUAAUUACAUUCUCAUUUUUCAUUUCAUCUUUUGCCAAAAUAUUGGCAGCAUCAAAUUGAUCAUAAAUUUUACAGUAUCCAGAACCUCAUGGUACUAAAUACAGGCUCUGGAUUAAUAAUGUACAUGCACAAACACCAGCAAGUGUGACAACAAGAUUUAAACAAAUUGUAAUUUUAAGUAAUCUGCUGGUAUUUUGGUAUUUUUGGUAUUACACUGACACUGCACUUUUCGGAGCGUUUAGACACUACCAGUGCAAGACAGAAGUUUGGUUCUGCACUAGCAGAGAACAGAUGGUAGUGGAAAGAUGUACAGGUAUCUGGGAGAACCCUACGUUAAAAAGGGAAUGUUGAAAAGGCAACCAUUAGCCAAAUUCGUACAAAUGCAAUGUCAUCACUUAACACUCUGAAUGUUAUAUUUUGGUUUAGUUUAAAAGUAUAGGGACAGUGUUCAUCACUAAGUUUGCUUGAUUAUUAAUGCUAUGUAACAAAAGCAUUUGUCUUGCCCUCCUCCCCCCAUGUUAACAGAAGAUCCAAAAAACAACCCUUUCUCAACGCCGAUGAUGACGAUAACAUUAAUCAUUUACUUUAGCAAGGAUCAUAUUGGCCUCACUUUUUUUUAUACUUAAUGCAUUCAGUGUUUGCCCUAUAGUAGCUUAACAAACUGGACAUUUUCACUGGUGAAAAAAAAGAAAGAAAAACAUAAUGUAGAGCAAGCAUGUCAAACUCAAAGGCUAACACGGGCCAAAUAAACUAUGUUUAAGUUUAUGUGUGCUGCAAAAAAAAGAGAUUGACCUAGACCAACACAAACUAAAAUUACUUGUAUCAUUCUCAUGCAAGCAAUAUGUAAUCCUGGGUAUAUCUAUAUCAUUUCCUCAAAAGCUUCACUUCACGUUACCUACUAUGCCCUCAAUCUAAUACACAGCCUACCGCGCUCACCCUCCUCCCUCACCCCUUCUAAUUUACUGCCCCCUCCCCAAUCUAAUUUUCUCAAAUAAUAUGUAUUACUGAAUUAAUUACUGAAUUACUGAAUAAUUUUACUAGCACAUUAUGUGUAAUUUACUUGUCUACUUAUCUACUGAGCCAAUUGACAGGCUCUUUGUUUGUGAGUACAAGCCCUUAUUUAAAGAUUGGUGGCUUUAAAGAUUACACUAUAUAUUUUUUUCUUCUGAGAUUACCUAUAGGAUUACUGGGACAAGCAAAAAAAUCCCAUAUAUACACCUACAAAGAGGGGAAGGGUCGCCUUUACAGACCCAAAAGUCUCUACACACAGAGCUAGAUUUUAUAGCUCUGGAAUAUGUGAGUGUUCCAUUUUAGAUACCUAUAUUCUACAUUGAGUAAAGGUUUUACACUAUUUUGAUUGUCAAUUGACUCUUAAAGGUGCACAAAACAGAUUAUAUGAAACAAAUUUAAUAUCAGAUAAGUAAUAUUUUCUAGAAGUGAUAUCACAUUAUAUUUAUUGCAAUCUGUUUAUAUAUAUAUAUAUAUAUAUAUAUAUAUAUAUAUAGAUAUCACUCCACUGUGUAUAUUUGUUUAACAUAUACAAAAAAGAUUUCCAAAAGAAAGUCCUAGCUGUCUUAAUUUUUUUUUCCUAAAGUGGGUGUUUUAAAGGAAAAUUGCCUCUUAACAAAGACAUGGUAAAUUUUUAAACUGUCUGGUAAAACAGUCUUUGUACAAAAAUUCAAAACCUUUUUUGUGAAGACAUUUAUAAGAUAAUGAUGCCUAAUUUAUUGUUUAUAUUUGUAUCUAGAUAAAAUCCAACAAUACAAGACCGUUUUUGUACAGUAGCACAUGGAGAUCAGACACAUAUUUGGCUUUCGGAAUUCUUGGGUUCUUCUUCUAUAUUCUCUUAGGCAUAACAUCCUUACCUUCCGUCAGCAACACUGUGAAUUGGAGGGAAUUUCGAUUUGUACAAGUAUGAUCUUCUGUUAUUAUUUGUAUUAUUAUUAUUGUUAAUAUUGUAGCGGAUUGUGUUGGGCUGUCUCUAAAUUAUGGUUAUCAUGUCAUUUUUGUUUCAUUUACUUUCUGUAUAUCUGUACUGUAGGAAGCAUUCGUCUGGUUGUUCGGUAAAACCACUCUGUUCAUCAUACUACCAAACUACCAAACAAUCAGAUCACCCCAGAGAGAAGUGUGCCUCUAGUUUACCCCCCUAAUCUGUGUUAACCACAGUCUAAUUGGCAAUUAGACAAAUGCUCUAUGUGUGUUCCCUGGAUGGCCGCUGUUCGGCAUACAAACACGUGGCGGCGGCCAUCUUGCUAUACGAAUGUACAGCGGUGUUUGGUUGUCGAGUGUCUGGAACCCAAAUUGGACACUCGACUAUGCGAACACUGCUGAGACCUCCAGACUUCCAUACAUUUGUGCCGAAACAACCAAACGGCUCGCCGUUCGGUAGAAAGAAUCAUAUGAACACAAGCCAUUCAGCCCAGUAUUUCCACACAUUUCAGCUCAUGAACAGAGACCGAACGCAAGGCCAAAAUGUAUGAAACUCCUUUCGGCUACUGCCUCGUGUUCGGUCGGUCAAACAAACUCAUCCACAUAAUUCCCGAACCCCUGGUCCAAUCUGGGUGAUUUUUGAGUAUGUUGCUCACCCAGAUCGGAGCUAUCAGGGGAUACCAUAUAUAGAGGUGUAUCAUAUGUAUUUGGGGUACAUCCAGAAACUGGGGAAAAGUGUACACUGAGUAAGUGGAUUAUGUGUCAUACUUAGGGGAGGAGAUGUGUCGUCCAGUUAUUGGGAAUCGUGAUGGGAUAUUACUGGAUUAUUCUAUUUAUUAUUGAUGCUGUUUGUGACGAAGUGCCCUUCGCCACUUGUGCCUGGAGAGGACUGCUUGCCCGCCUCUUGCCCUGUGACUAUGGCCCCUGGGAUGUAUUGCCCUUUAAAGACAUGAUUUGGGCAUAAUGGAUUUGUGUUGUGCUGCUGCUGGCCCUUUAAGAACCAUCUGGGGACAUACUGUGGAGUUACUGGGUGGCCACCAUUUCCUGUAUCAGAAGCACAUGGUGAGAACAAUGGAUGGUGGCCAUUUUAACUCACAGACACUGUUUGGACUUUUCAACACGGUGCCAUCUCGCCAGUAUUUGGUGCACAGAGACAUCGUGCAGUGGUUUUGGACUAUACAGCAGGGGACACAUUAUAAAGUGAUUGUUUUUCAUUUAGCCUGUAUAUGUUCUGCAGAAUCUGCAUUAAACUGUAUUUUCCAAAGUACUGAACGGAUCUGGGUGAAUUUUGGAUAUGUGGUUCACCCAGAUCCCCCGGUUCCAAGGAUAUACUUUUUAUGGGGUUAUUGCAUGUUUUGGGGUCCCUGUGUGUUUUAUGAAACUGUAUUAUUUCUGGCCAGCAGAUAAUUGAGCUUUGUGUAUUGUAGAAACUCAAUUAUCUAGCCUGGCCCAGAGGAGGAGUUUUGUGUUGCAUAAAUUGUGAGUUCUGUGUGCCAGUAAAUCAGUCUUGUUCCAGCAUUAAGCCGUGGCUCAUGUUUGGGGGAUUGGAGAAAUACACUCUGGGGAUUGCUAUAAUCACUAUACUCCCCAGGGUAUGAUCACUAAGUUCUGCUAAGAGCUUGUUCCUGCUCUCUGGGAAAAGAGAGGUUCACCCACUGGAAGCUGGAUCCUGGCCUUGGGUCCAGGGUGGGUGGAGACAGCAGAGACCCCAGCGCAGUUGCAUCGCUGGAAGUGGGGUCUGCAGUGCUGAUGGUGUCGGUUGGAGUGCUUGGAGUCCUCGGCAAGCGCUAGGAGCAUCGAUUGGCGGAGGUACUCAGUCGGAGUGCCAGCGUUCCGUCACACUGUUUAUCCUGGAUUAACUUCUUGUUCCUGCAUUACUGUUUUAAUACCAGCAGAGAAGUCUAUGGGAAACUAGUGCUCCGCUACAAAUAUUAUUAUUGUUAUAAUAUUAAAAAUAAGAAAAUGACCCCAAGUAAAAGCAAAAAGGCACAGACACUAUAAAUACAAGCCUGCACAUUUUAUUUGUGGUUCUUUUCUUUUUCUUUUUUUUUUGUAUUUAUAUCACCUUAUGGGAUGGUGGAUAUGUAGUUUUAUUGACCUCUUUAAGAGGAGAGUCUCUGGCGGGUGGUUUUCUUUGGCUUCUGCUUUUGACAUCGAAGUAUUUAACUGUCCAACUGUGUUUGUUAUUCAUUCCUAUGAUUAAGGACCUAAGAGCCUGAAAUUCCUUUCAACAUUUUCAUGGCUCCUUCUGUUUUGUUUUUUGUUUGUUUGCUGCCAAUAAAAUGUUUUAAUUUCUAUGGUAAGUGCUUACAUUGGGCGUUUUUUUUAAGUCUCUUAGUCCUUGCUUGAUCCUCCGAAUAAGAACAUCCACUCUAGUUUUAGGAUAAUGGAGCUUUCCCUCUUUUAAUUGUGUAUUUUUCACCAUUUUGAAUGCUAUAUAUUAUAUGUUUUCUCAAUUGUUAAUAUCACUGUAUACCUUGCCUAAAACAAGUCGGACAAAUUGUAUCCAAUACAAUGUUCUACCCAAUAUCUGCUCAUUUGUAAUUCCAUCAUUAGUUUACUUCUAAAGAAAUCUGAAGUUUGUCGCUAUUUAUACUCAUUGUCUGAUAUCAUACUGAGAAAAUAUCAUGUAAUGCUACUAGGUGUUAAAUGUUACAAAAUAUAUUUUAUAUGAAAUAAACAUAUUUUCUAUUUUAUCUUUCAGUCAAAACUUGGAUAUCUUACACUGCUGCUGUGUACGGCGCAUGCUAUGGUCUAUGGCUGGGACAGAUUCCUCAUCUUUUCUCGAUUCAAGUGGUACCUUCCACCUGCUUACACACUAGCUCUCAUCAUUCCAUGCAUUGUGCUGAUCUUCAAAUUUAUUCUUAUAACCCCAUGCAUAGAUCAAAGAAUUACACAAAUUCGUCAAGGAUGGGAAAGAAUGUCUAAAACACAAAAAGACACACAUUUACAAAAUGAUAACUUAGCUAUAUAGUUAUUUGUGGUGCAAUCAAACACUAGGGGGCCUUCACUGGAAUGUUCUAGAGUAUCCCUGCUACAGGUUUAUUGAAAAAUUCCAAGCUCCCUUAAUUUGCGCUUCUGGUGAUUUAUUGUGAAUUGAGAUAUAUAUGUUUCCCUUGCCCAGUUCAUCCUUCAUAGUCAUGAAUGACGCUACGAGGUAAAACAUUUUCUCAGUCUCCUUACCUAAUCAGUGUUCGUUAACAAGGGCAGUCCAGAUAUCUGUAGCUUAUACAAAUGAACAACUCCAAUGUGUUCUGAUAAUGAUCAGCUUAAAAUAUGGCAGAAAGCACAGUUAUAACUGCAUUCGUCGUGACAUAUGUAGUUAAGCCACUAUUGACAAUAUAGCAUGCAAGCUGUACAGUAGCACAACACACACUUUAUGGAUGACUGGGAGAAUACUUUGUCAAAACACUUUAAGAAAUCUACAUUCUGGUAUAUACCUAAGAUGCAGACAGGGUGUGAAUGAAUCCUCCAGAACCCAUUUGGAAAAUGUGAAAAAUUCUUUGGAGCACAACAGAUUAUAUAAUUUUGUUAAAAUGUCAUAAGCCACUUGUACGUUGGUCAAAAUUGUACAGUUUGUAUUGAUAAAUAUUUUCUCCAAGUCCAUUUAAAAGAGCAAGAGAUUAAGCAUUGAAUCCAAGAGCCAUGUGAGACUGAAAUAUGAGUUUAAUGCUUUGAAAAAAUUAAUAAAAAAAAAAGCAGGUAUAGUUACAAUGGGGAAAAAAUCAGGUACAGGUCUUUAGGGGUCGAGAUAGAAGACAGGACAUGUAUGAGUUGGUGACAAUGGAGGGAUUCUAAUAAUGGGGGAGUCUUCUUCUUGUCAUAGAUGACAAGGAAAGUAAUUUAAAGUUGGAUUUCAACUUUAGGCUUAAAGGCAAACAGGCAAUGGAUAAGAAUCUGGAAAAAGCAUAUACUGAAGGGUCCAGGAUUGGAGAAAAGUCUGGUUUAUUAGUGAAAUGUAGUAGAGAAGGGAAUGUAGAGGGUAAAAGGGUAUUCCGUUUUGUCAAUGCCACUGAAUUUCAAAUUUUAACAAAGCGUUUGCUGGUAAUAUACUGAAAGUGCCUGUAAUAAGAGAUAGUAAGUCCUUCAAGACCGGGGCUUUAGGACACUCUAACAUUCUUCAAUAUAAAUAUGAAUAUCAAGGUAAACUGGCAGUUCAUCAUUUUGGUUUUAGGGCAUGUUUAGGGAGCUAAUGAUCAAUCUGCUUAAAUUUAUCUUUAAUGUCUUCAGGACAGAAAGGCGUUUCAAUUUUAAAUGCAGACACUAUCAGCAAUAUAAAGAAAUAAUAGGUAGACCUGUCCGGUCAAGUUAUACAUUUUGGUAAUAAAUGUGUGUGGGUUUGUGAACGUGCACGAAUUCUAUCAUAUUUGUAACAGCCCGUAGUGAUUAAAAAAACUCUCUUAAUAGAGCUAUUUAGAAAUGUUUGUGUCACACGGGACUGGAAUUUCCAUUGCUUACAUUUUGUCCAUCUGGUUUACAUUCCAGAUACUGUUUUGCUAUGGAGUUUUGUCUUGAUUUGUUUGCAUGUUUCUUUGAUAUUGUCAUUUUGAUUUACCUUUUUUUUUCAAAUAUUUGUGUAAUCUUUUGUGUACAUGCCCCCAUUUGUGACAGUAUUAAUAAAC